UGAUACUAGGGUUUCGUUUUUGUAAGCACUUGUUUGGUAUACUCUCUCAUUUUCUUCUUGCUUCCUAGUGACUAGUCAACUAUCAAAAUGAAGAUCCUACUAUUCAAGUUACUUAUGUUCAGCUGGCUUCAGAUAUCUUUUACUCAGAAAGCUUUACCCAAGUAUGCAGAUCUUGUUUUUCUGGUUGACAGUUCCAGUAACCUGGGAGAUAAGGGCUUCAGCCAAGUGAAAACCUUAAUCACCAGAAUAAUCACUUCAUUGCCUAUAGGACCAGACAAAUAUCGAGUUGGGCUGGCUCAAUUCAAUGAUGAUUUAGACAUUGGUUUUCUGCUAAACACCUAUAAGGGAAAAGGUCCAGUUAUAAGUCAUAUUAAAAAUAAAUUUGCUUAUAAAGGUGGAUCUCUAAAGCUUGGCAAUGCACUUACAAAGGCACAUGAAAGGUUCUUCAAAAGAGUGACUGAUAGAGACAAAUCAGUGUAUCCACCAGUUCUUGUUGUUGUGACUUCUGGAUCCUCUCUGGAUGAUGUUACACAGCCAGCCCUUGAGCUUCAACAAGAUGGAGUCAGAAUAGUUUCAGUAGGGUUAAAGACAACUCCCUUGACUCAACUUCAAGCCAUAGCUUCAUCAACUAGACAUAUCUUACAGGUAUCCAACAUUCAAGAUAUUCCUACAAUCUCUACAACUCUGAUAGACAGCAUUAAGGAUGUCAUACAAAGUAAGACUGUUGUACCAACACUUUCAGCCACAGAUAUAUCAGUUAUCCCUACAAUCACUGAAGAUUUAAAUAUCACUGUUGAUUCAACAAUAUACACUUGUGACCAAGAAUUUACUGCUGACAUAGUAUUUAUAAUAGAUACUUCUCAUCACAAACCUUCAGAAAACGAAGACUUAAAGACAUUUCUUUCUAAUGUCAUAUCAAGGCUACCAGUCAGCGAAAAUUGUGCCCAUGUGCAUCUGGUUAAGUACGGCAGCAAAGCUGAAUUACUGACCACACUAGAGAUAGGAGUAAACAAAAACAGUGUGUUGGAGGCCAUAAGAUCCAUAACGGCAGUGAAAGAAGAGAUAGCUAACACUGGUCAUGCCCUUAACUUUACAAGAACUGAAGUUGUUGCUAAUCCAAAGAUAAGUAGGAAGGGGCAAGGAAUAAAGCAAAUUAGUUUUUUGAUCACUCAUAGGCUGUCUGCUGAUAAUGUUACUGAUGCUGCGCAUCUACUGCGACAAGACCAAGUAACAAGCUUUGCCUUGGGGAUCGCAGAAGCCAAAAAAACUCAAAUGGACCAAAUAGCAUCCCACCCGCCUGACAAUUAUGUAAUUAGCUUAAAGGCAUUUUCAGACCUCUCUACACAGGUAGAAUAUAUACAAAAAAAUAUUCAGAAUGUGCUGGAAGAAUACACAAUACAAUCUCCUGCAAGAACAGGACUCAUCAAACAAGGAUGCCUAGACACAGAGGUUGCUGAUAUAUAUCUACUUGUUGAUGAGUCUGGCAGCAUUUCCACUGACAACUUCCAGCAAAUGAAGAUAUUUUUGGAAAAUCUUGUAGAAAUGUUUGACAUAGGACCUGAAAAAGUUCUGGUUAGAUGUGUACUCUAUUCAGAUUCACCGAGAGAGAUUCCUAUUGGUAGAGACUUUAGUAAAGAUGAUUUAAAAUCUGCCCUGCAAAAUCUAAGGCAACUAGGUGGUGGGACAGAUACUGGAAAAGCUAUUAAUUUCACUCAGCAGGUAAUUACAAAAGGAGAAAACACCAGGCCUGGUGAUGUGCCAGUACAUCUAAUUGUCCUUACAGAUGGAGAGUCCCAGGACAGUGUGAAGGAGGCUGCUGAGAUUGUCCGGGGUCAUGGUGUUAACACUUAUGCAAUUGGAGUGCGAGGGUAUAAUAAAACUCAGUUGCUGGAGAUCACAGGAACAGAGCAAAGAAUUCAUUUAGCCAAUGACUUUGAUUCCUUGCAAAACAUUAAGAAUGUUAUAGCACAGCAAAUCUGUAUUGAAAAAGCAUGUGAAAGCUUAAUGGCAGACAUUUUGUUUCUGGUUGAUAGUUCUAGUGGUAUGGGACUGGAGAAGUUUAGCAAAGUGAAAACAUUCAUGAAAGAUCUGGUCAACAAAGUGGAGGUUGGAUUGACAAGUGUACAGUUUGCCGCUGUUCAAUUCAGUAAUUCAAUUAAGGAAGAGUUUCAGUUCAACAAACAUGCAACCAAAACUGGAAUUUGGGACUCCAUAGACAACAUGAAAUUAAUGGGCGAUGUUGCAAAGACCGGAAAUGCCCUAACAAAUGUAGCUGACUACUUUGCAAAGAUUAAAGGAGCAAGACCAAGUAGAAAAGCCAGUAAAAAUCUUAUACUGAUCACAGAUAACCCAGCACAAGAUGAAGUGAAAGCCCCAGCCGAUCUUUUAAGAAGCAAAGGAGUGAUCAUUUAUUCUAUAGGAGGCUUCAAUGCUAAUAAAAAACAAUUACAAGCUAUAAGUGGGAAACUAACAGCUUACUACCAGUCAUUUGACAAACUGGAGACAGUUGAAAGUGAUCUGCUUUUUAGACUUUGCAAUCCUGAAGUAGAAUGCAAGAGAAUAGAAGUGGCAGAUAUUGUCUUUGUAAUUGAUUCAUCUACCAGUAUAGACUCUACACAAUAUAAGGAAAUGCAAAAUUUUAUGGUAUCACUGGUGAACAAGUCAGCUGUUGGCCCAGAUAAUGUUCAAUUUGGCGCUCUCAAAUACUCUGAUCACAACAAGGAACUCUUCUACUUGAACAGGUAUAAGAACAAACUGGACAUUAUAAAUCAUAUCUACGAAGAUACAGUACAACAUGGAAACACUUACACUGCAGGAGCUAUUAAGUUUUCAAAAGAGUUCUUCACAGAGAAACAUGGCAGCCGCAAGGCAAGGGGAGUGCCUCAGAUUGUAAUUGUUAUGACUGAUGGGGAAUCUCAUGAUAAAGCUAAAUUGAAUGAGACAGCAAGACAGCUAGAACAAGAAGGCAUUAUCAUCUAUGCUAUUGGUAUUGGUAAAGAAGCAAACACAGAAGAGCUGGUAACAAUGGCUGGAACAGAAGGCAAAUGGUUCAUGGUAGAAAACUUCAGUGGAUUACAAGACAUCCGUGUCCAGGUAUCAGAAGCAAUGUGCAAUAAAACAGACUGCAAGGUUGAACAAGCAGAUCUGUUAUUUCUUAUUGAUGGAUCCAGCAAUACUUCUAAGGAAACAUUUAGAGAAAUUAAACAUUUUGUGAUUUCAGUUAUGGAUGAUUUUAAUGUUGGCCCAGUAAAUGUCCAUAUAGCUGUUUCUCAGUACAGUGAAUCUUGCAUUCGAGAAAUUAAUUUUGACUAUUCUACGGAAAAAGAAACUUUAAAAAAAGAAAUAAGAAAAAUCGCAAAGACUAAAGGGCAUCGUCAUAUUGGAGCAGCACUUGCAUUCACAAAAUCAACUGUGUAUAGACCAUCCAGUGACUGUCGUAUAAAUCAGGGUGUGAAGCAACUUCUUGUGGUGAUAACUGCUGGAAAUGCAUCAGAUCAUGUUGCACAACCUGCAAAAGCUCUUAGAGACCGUGGAGUAGAUAUAUACGCUGUGGGAAUAGGAAAAGUUUGCAAGACACAGCUUGCGAAGAUCACAGGAUCACCUGAGAAGAUAUAUACUGAUGAUGUCAGAAGUCUGAAAUCAAUUAAAAAGAGGCUUGUUAGAGAUACGUGCUCAAAAGAUCCUGUUACCAAUUGUUCCCUUGAUGUUGUGGUCAGUUUCGACAUCUCAACAAAGUCCAGCGGUCAAAGUGUAUUCCAUGACCAUCCUGAACUAGAAAUCAUCCUGCCAAAUAUUUUAAAGACAAUGUUGUCAAUGAAAAGCCCAAGCUGCGGUGCGGGAAAGCGACCUCAAGUCUCUGUUGCAUUUUAUGUGAAAGAUACAAACAGUAUUUCCAGAUUCAACACCUACAGCCAAGAUCUAUUUAAUAAAUUAAAGGAAGUUAAAGUUAGUGGCCCUUUAUACCUUGAUUCUACUUUUCUGAAUUCUGCCUGGGAUAUCUUUAAGAAUACAGACAAAGGAAAAGCAACGAUGUUACUUGUAUUCACUGAUGGACUAGAUGAAGAUGUAAAACAACUUAAAAUCACAGCAGAGGCUAUUCGAUCCAAAGGAUUGAAUGCAUUAGUAACAGUUGCCUUGGAAGGAAGCAAAAAGGUAGAGGAAAUGAAGUUGAUUGAAUUUGGGAGAGGCUUUGAAUAUAAUAAUCAAAUGCAUAUUGGAAUGCGAGGCAUUGGUGUCAGAUUGGCCAGACAAGCAGACCAUUCUGUUGAAGCCAUAUGCUGUUGUGCAUUUUGUAAAUGCUAUGGAGAAAGAGGGGAACCAGGAGCUUUUGGUUUUCGUGGAAUAAAGGGAAGAAAUGGGACAAAAGGACACCAAGGACACAGAGGAGAUGAUGGUGAAAGUGGCGAAAGAGGAUUACCUGGUCUAAAAGGUGAACAAGGAAUCAAGGGAUGCCAAGGAGCCAGAGGCCUCAAGGGAAACCGAGGAUAUGAAGGAGACAAAAGUGAAGAUGGUGAGCCUGGACUUGAUGGAUUGCCAGCAGAGCAGGGGAACACUGGCCAUCCUGGAACAAAAGGAGAUAAAGGAGAACACGGACAAACAGGUAGUCCUGGUUCAAGAGGAAUAAAAGGGGACAAAGGAAACCAAGGCUUUCGAGGAGCUCCAGGUGAACCUGGCACCAGUAGCAUUAUCCCUGGUCCAACCGGUUUGAAAGGAGAUCCAGGACAAGAAGGUGAAGCUGGACGUCAGGGUCCUGAAGGACCUCCUGGAAGCAGAGGAACAGGGAAUUUACAAGGUAGAAGAGGAGUUCCAGGCCCAAAGGGAAUAAAGGGAAAGCCUGGUGAGAAUGCCAAUGCUGGGUAUCAAGGAGUGCAAGGACCUCAGGGAGACAGUGGGCCCAGUGGAGUAAAAGGUGAAAAAGGAAGUAGUGGAUCCCAAGGAAAUCGAGGGCAACCUGGUACAGACGGUCCUAAAGGAAGUCCAGGGAAACCGGGAACAUUGGGGAAAGAGGGAGAGCCUGGAGAUCCUGGGCAAAAAGGAGAACCCACAACACCUGGAAAAAGGGGACAAGCGGGUGACGAUGGAAGAUCUGGUUAUGGUAAACCAGGAAAAAAAGGAUUAAAGGGGCAACCAGGAUUCCCAGGGGAAUCAGGUUUUAUGGGAUCAAACGGAGAUUCUGGGAUGGAUGGAGGAAAAGGUCUAAAGGGAUACAAAGGAAACCCAGGUCCUUCAUCUAAAGGGGAAGAUGGAAGUCGAGGUAUUCCAGGGCACCCGGGUCGAAUGGGAAGAAAAGGAGACCGUGGGCCCUCACCAACUUCUGCUUGUGAACUAAUUGAAUUUGUGCGUGAUAAAUGCACAUGUUGCCAAGGAAAACCCCCAUGCCCUGUGUAUCCUACAGAAUUAGUUUUGGCUCUAGAUAUGUCGAGUGCAGUGACCCCAGCCAUCUACACAAGAAUGCUGACACUGACUAAAGAUAUUGUGAGCAACAUUACGAUCAGAGCAAGUAACUGUCCAGCAGGGGCUCGUGUGGCAGUCGUGUCCUAUGAUUCAAAUAUCAAGCACCUCAUACGAUUCUCUGACUUUCAUAUCAAGGAAAAGCUGAUAAGAGCUGUGGAAAGUAUUCCUCUGGAGAAGUCCUCCCAAGGCCCUGAUGUUGGUGGUGUCAUGAAGUUUGUAGCAAGAAAUAUUUUUAAGAGAUCCCUGCAAGGCUUUACAGUAAGAAGAAUCACAGUGCUCCUCAGCAGUGGACGUUCUGAAAAUGCUGAUAACAUCAACACGGCAGUCAUGGAAUACGGUGCUCUCGGUAUCAUUCCAGUAGUGAUUGCAUUCAACUCAGCCCCUCUUAUCAAGCGUGCCUUUGAAAUGGACGCAACAGGAGCUUUUGAAUUGAUUGAAAUCAAACCAAAUGUGGAUCCAUUAAAAAAUUUCAAGUUGUGCACUCUGUGUUUUGACAGAUGUCGACCAGACAAGUCUUGUGGUGACAAACUGAUUCAACAAAAGUCAUCUGUGGAUGUUGCAUUUCUUCUUGAUAGUUCAUACAAUGUGAAAAAUGACGAUUUUGAAGCAGCAAGGGAAUUUUUAAGCAAUAUGAUUGAUCAUUUUGAAAUUGAAGGAUCAACUUCCGACAGGGUAGCACUUGUGACAUUUAAUGAAAGUUAUCAUGUUGACUUUAACUUGUUAUCCUAUGACAACAAAAUUAGGAUCAAGAAACACAUAAAGGAAAGUGUUCAACAGGUCAGUGGGCAACCUGCUCUUGGCUUAUCGCUACAAUAUACAAUUGAGAACAUUAUGGCAAAGACACCUAACCUGAGGAAACACAAAGUCAUCAUUAUUAUAUUGUUUGGAGAGACAAGCCAGUGGGACAAGCAGACACUGAGUGAGGCCUCUCUAAAAGCCAAAUGUGAAGGAUAUGCUUUGUUUGUGCUUUCCAUUGGUAGAUCACACAAUGACACUGAACUGACAGAGCUUGCUAGUAAACCUUUGGACCAUCACUUACUUGAACUUGGCAGAGUCCACAAACCAGACCUUGUGUAUGCCAAUGGAUUUCUGCAACAAUUUCUGAAUUAUGUGAGAACAGGAGGUGCUGGCAAGUAUCCCCCAGCCGAACUCAGGAAGAAAUGCUCAGCAGUUGCAGUGCCAGUCAGCAGAAGAAGAAUGCCGUCACAGACUGAUGUGGAGGAAAUCGGAAGAUCAGAAGCCGAAUAUGUUUCUGAUAUGCAACUGGACUUUAUCUCUCAAGAACAAAGCAGCAACAUGGACAAUCUAGCAUUCCUGGACCUAGAAAGAAAGUUACUCAGGGCUGACUCUAGAGAAGCCCAAACAGAUCACAUCAGAUAAUACAUUUGUGGUAUAUUACAACGUCAUUCCAGUCAUCUUUGUUUUUAUAUGUUUGUACUGUGAGCAAUCCUCUUUUUGCAUCUUCUUCCCCUUGCUGGCCCAUGUGCAGCAGAGUUCAGCUCUUUAUUAUGCUAUGCAUGUGCACUCAAUAAGAAGAAGGAAGUACCAAAGAUUGCUCUUUGGUGUUCGCAGAAAAGUACCCCGGUCUGUAUGCAGUUCUCUGCUAACAGGAGCUCCGGCCCGGGGGAAAAAGGUAAGUGAUUACAACCACUGGUGGGUGCCUAUCAUUAUGCCAUCCCCUAGUGAUUUCACCUUUCCAUUCAUAUGACAUACAGUACAUAUCAUUUGCACACAUAGGUAGAGUUCCAAGGUCCACUAAACUAGUAGAACAUUAAUGGGCUUAUCUAUAAAAUAUGUGAGAUUUUAGAGGUUCUACUACUUUGAAUAAAGUCACAAUUUGAAAAACCUUGAAUGCUUGCUUAAUUAUUAAUAAAUCCGAAUAUAAAAAACUCAAUUCAAAACAGCCGUGGAAAAAAACACAAUACCUCGAAUUUGUGAGUUUAGAAGCUCAAAAAAAAAAUCAAAUUGUCAGUUUACAAGCUGAAAAAGACGUAAAAAUCUCAAAUUUAAAAAAAAAUGCCUUUAAUUUUGCCUAUAGCGACUCCUAUUGACGUCUGCAUGAACUCGCAAGCUUUAAGAUGCCGAAGGUUUCAAGUUUUUUUGUGCUUGAUAAAUACCAAACAUUUGAGUUUGUGAAUAUAUUAUUGUAAUGUAUUUUUAUGCAAAAAGAUUUUUAAAUCUCUGCAAAAAUUUUGAUACAUCAGCCCCUUAAUGCAUUAUAUUUCUAAGGAAUAAAAAUAAAAAACAUGUAACAGCAAGAGGGUUGCACAGGCUGCACAAAUGAUUCAAAAGAUAUGCCCUUGGUUAUACUGUGUAAACCUUUUUAGAACUAUACACAUAUUCAUGUCUCCAGUUGGCCUUAAUACAUUAAAAUGAGACCACAAAUAUCUUACUAUAUUAUUGUGAGACAGGACUAAGGAGCAGACAGAACCAAAGUCUCUGAAAACUUGGGAAAUUUGGGAAAGUGCCAAAUUUCCUCAUCUGUAGGGUUCUGUUUAAACCAAUAUUUUUGUUAAUUCUGGAAGAUAAAUCAAUGUUUAAUGCAAUGUAAUGUCUGCACUGUUGCUGGUGCUACAUUUAAAAGGGAUUAUAUAGCAAUGCAGUGAACAUUUGCGGGACGAUACACCAUUCGUCAGAAUCAAUGGAAGCUCUUCUCCAUCUGUUACUCAGAAUAGAAGUAUAGAAAAUUAAUUUAGCAUUUUGUAUUGUAACCAACGAGAUGCCAUACAAGUUGUAUAAAGAAAAUGUUUCUAAAAUGUAGAAGAAAAUUCUGUCUCUGCAACACAUGAUGCACUUUAAAAUAAAUGUGAUGUUUCUUAA